GUAUGGUAAGGAGACGUUUAGGUUUACCACCGGGAAGAGAGUCAGAAGAUGGAAGUCUGUCAUCCAGUCACAUGUCCACUGAUUCCUGUCUUCAAUCAAAAACUCCGGACAACCAACAUAUUUGGGAAAAAAAUCCCCUACAACUGUGGUUAUCAUACGAGCAAUGUUGUGAACAUUGUGGGAAAAAGGUCACGGGUGCAGUUGGUUUGUUUCAUCAUAUUGAAGAAGGUCAUGAGCCACCAGGCAAAACAUCACCAUCUAUGCCAGACCAACAUCAAGCAUUUAAACUACAACAUGGGAUACCAGCAACUUCACCCCGGAAACCAGCAAUACUUCCCCAUAAACCAGCAACACCUCCCCAGAUACCAGCACUUCAGCCACAACAGUGCCUUGCAACAGUGCAACACCCCAACUCCUUCAGUUGCUUCUUCAUCUAUUCCCCACCUUAGGCCUCCGGAGGUGAAUUGGGUCAGCUUUCUUCCCAAGAAGUUUUUGCGGGUCAUCAAGCCAGCAGACCAGCAAUGGAUUGCACAGUGCCUUUAUAAUCCUACUGGACAGUUUAAACAACACUUCUCACAAAACUGGUUUCAUCCACCCCGUCUACCAAAGAUAACGAAUGCACCUCCAGAUCCCCUGGUCUACUUCAGGCAGAGGAUGUUUUUAUGGGCACCUAUGCGAAUGUGGGGUAUUUCUCUGAAGUGUCAUCAAUGCAACACCAAGAUGCAUCACUCUGGGAUCUACACAAAGGUCAGAGAAGUUAUAGAUCUUGAUUCAAGAUAUUAUUUGAUUGGGGGAGAUUAUCCACGGUGCAGUAAAGGCAUGAUUCCUGUUUGUCCAUGGAGCACAGAGGUGCUAAAUCAGUUAGAUCCUGCCCAUAGAAACAGGUUUCCAGCCAUUCUCACCACACAAGUGGCUCUGGACAAAAGGUGUGUGACUUUGCUGAGACUACGAACUGUUGGAAAUAGCUCCAGUUAUAUAAGGCAAACAUUAAAAGAACUGCACAGUGAGGAGUGGGCAAAACGCACCAUCGAGUAUCUGUUUGACUGAGCUUCACAAAAAGAAGAGCGCCCUAGCUAGGAGCCAUGACGUGAUCUCAGAAUCCACCAGUUUAUCCCCUUUCCUCUUGCACAGUGGUUUGAGACUCUGCAUGCCAACGAAAUACUUGGUCACUUGUCCAAGAUGAAGGGUGUCAUCACAUCAAAUACGGCAGAGUUUUAAAGCUUGACUAAAUCAAAAAGACCAUCUAGAAACUUGCUGGUGGAAUUUCUGAGAUGGCUACAUGGAUGACAAACAUCAUGAUUAUGGCGAAGUUCUAAACUGUGCUGACCACAGGUGAAGGAGCAGGGUUGGAGGAACUGUGCCAGUGGAUUGUCAUGCGCUUCCAGAAAGCUGGGGAACCAUAGCCACAAAUCCUCUGUUUUCACAGUCUGCUGUAGUGAAUCAGGUUUGUGAUCUUCAGUCUUUGUUGCACUUCAU